GAUGAUCUGAUAAUAAAAAGAAAAUGGCAACCGCAAGUCAAGCAACGUUUUCAAGGACGCAGCAGAACAGUUGUCGUCUUUUUCGUCUGCAAAUGCUGAUUAUAGACGGCGGACUACUACUACUUAGGAAUAUUUUCAAUCAAAAGCUGCAAAAUGUCCCUCUUGUCGCAUUUUUGAAGAGUGAAAGACAAACAAUUACAAACUUAAGAUCACGUGGAAUAAUUACGCAGGUACAAUAUGAUCUACUGUUUCCAUCAGGUGGCACCGGUCCAACAUCAACGGACCUAGACAUCACAUUAAUCAUAUGUCUCCUUAGGAACAUCAAAUCAUUCGGGCUGAACAAAAACUUUCAAUGGAACUCAAUUCCUGCACAAGGUGAUACCUCAGUUGAGGCUGAUAUUUGCCGUCUGAAAAUAUACAGGAACGAGCUCAGUCACAUAUCUUCAACAAGUGGAAUAACUCUGCCUAUCUUUACAACAAAGUGGACGGAGAUCGAACAGGUUCUUUUGAGGUUGAACACGGCGGCGUCACCCAUACCAGACCUACAGAAGAUGAUUGAUGACUUAAAAGUGAAUCCACUUGAUCCACAGGCGGAGAGAAGAGUUCAGAAGGCCAUAAUCAGUUGGCAAAUGUUAGAAAAGGGGGUAGAAGCUGAUUUAAUACAGUUAAAAAUGGAGGACGAGAAGAUAAAAUCUACUCUGAAUGUGCAAGGUCAAAUUGUGAGAAAGGCGGAGAGAAGGGUACAGAAGGCAAUAGACAGUUGGCAAAUGUUAGAAAAGGGGGUAGAAGCUGAUUUAAAACUGAUGAAAAUGGAGGACGAAAAGAUAAAAUAUACUCUGAAUGUGCAAGGUCAAACUGUGAGAAAGCAUGCACAGAGUAUUGAUGAAUUAAACAAGAAGACGUCUGAACAUGAUAAACAAAUACAUGACCAUACUAAACAAAUACAGGAAUUAAAGGAAGACACUAGAAGAGAUGUCACAGCAGAGACAGAAUCAAUGCGACAGUCUCAAUAUGAAGAGUCGAAAAAAAAACUAAAGGAUGAACUCAUUACAUGGUACAACACCAAUCACAGUACAGUUCCUCUUUCACCACUCACAGAUGAUCCCCAUACCCCUCUAGCUGGGUUCUACAUUAUGCCAGAAAUUGACAUACAGACGAAUCUACCAGGUGGUAGGAAAGAAAGAACUAGAGUCAAGUCGUUACAGGACCUGUUUACAUCUGGUAGAAAAGUUCCCCAGGAAAUAUAUUUAUCAGCGGUCGCUGGAUUUGGGAAAACAGCAUUUUCAAAAUAUCUCGCUAUAACAUGGUGUCAAGGUCAUAAAAUGGAUGAAAAUUAUAACCAUUUUAAAAAAGAAGAAUUGGAGGCGAUAUCUGGCUUUGAGUUUUUAUUUCUAGUGCUAUUGAGAGACUCAGAUACAGAAUGUGAUGUUGACAACAUGAUUGAACAACAAAUCAUAAAUAAUCUUCGUUGUAAAUCUGAAAUACCAAAAACUCUUUUAAAUGACAUUUUACGCAAUGAAAAAUGUCUUGUUAUACUAGAUGGACUUGAUGAAUGGUUUCAUCCUGACAACGAAUGUACAAGACUUCCUAAAAGUAUUCCACAUCGAUAUGCACGUGAAAAGUGUGUAAUCUUGACAACGACCCGGCCAUGGAAGCUUGGAGUCUCAAACUUAAAUACAAGUCAAAUGGACAAAACAGUAGAGCUAGUUGAACUAAAUGCAGCUGAUACAUGGCAGUUUAAGCUUAACACAAUGAAAAUAUUGAUAGGCAACAUUGAAGAUGAUAAACUGACAAAUGAUGUGUGUAGAUUUGAAGAAGAAAUCAGUAAUCAUGACCUUGACGAAAUGGAAUCCACCCCUCUUCUGUUACUCUAUCUUAUAUGCUUAUGGGUUGAAAAAAUUCCAAUAGGAAAUUCAACAGUAGAAUUAUAUACAGGCAUUAUUCAGCUCCUUCUAUCUAGAACAGAAAAGUUACAUGGAAAAUUUCAUUCAUCAUGUAAUACAUAUCCGAGUAAUGUUCCCGCAUGUUUUAGAAGACAUCAACAUUUCUAUUGUUACUACACGUUUCUGGUGACCAUUGGGAAACUAGCUUUUAAUACAUUAUUCAGUAAGAAAAAAGAGCACACAUUAGUUUUUGAUGAAAAUGUUGCAGAAAAAUAUCUUGACCAAGAAGAUUUGAAAUCAAGCUGUCUAUCAGGAAUAUUAUCAGAAAGUAAAGUAAAAACAUUAAUAAAUAUAAGUUCUAAAAUCUCAUUUUCACAUAAAACAGUGCAGGAAUACUUUUCAGCAAUAUUUAUAAGUUUUCAAAAUACAAGUGAAGUUCAAAAAAUCAUUUUUGAAGAGUGCAACUGUUUACAAAAUAUUCUAGACAUGUCAAAAGUGUUUGUCUUUAUUAGUAACAUGAACCCUAAAUUAAUGUCUACAAUAUCAAGUGAUUUGAUGCCUGUGAUAAACAAUGAUGAAAAAACAAGCAAAUACAGAACUUUGACAGGUUAUGAUUACAUGUACAUUGAUCCAUUACAAGACACACAAGACAUGUACAUUUCUUGUGCCAAAGAAAGCCAGGAAAACAAAGACCUCAAAUUGUGUUUACAAGAUUUCUUCAUUAAUGAAAAAUGUAAACAAGAAAACUACUUCAAACAAUUACAACAUCUGUGUCAACAAAAUAAAGAAAACAUAAAAUCAAUAAUGAUAGAAAAUGAAGGUAUUUGUAGUCUACAAGAAAUUAUCAAUUUGUUUACACUCUCUGACCUUCCACAUAUAGAGAAAUUAUACUAUCAAGGUGAAAUUGUAGAAGAGGAAAUAAUGAGCUUGUUAUUGAAGCCUUUAAAAUGUUUAACUGUGAUGUCAAAUAAAUGGGAAAAUCAUCAAUUUGUAGGAAAACGUUGCCUGCUGUCUGCAGAGAUAAAUGGACGACUGGUAAAAUUACAACACCUGGAGUGUUUAUAUGUAGAAAGUUUCACUAUGACCCACGAGGUAAUGAAGACAUUGUUAAAUUUCCUCACAAAAAAAUCAAUGAAAGAAAUAUCAUUGUGCAAUUUAGAAUGCAGUGAUCAUGAUACUUCAUGUAGGGGUUUCAACCUUGACCUGUCUCUACAUUCACAACUAAGAUGUUUAGGAUUGAGCCUGAUACCUGUGUCACAAUUAAACAUGGAUGUAUCGUUGUUAGAGGAAUGUGAGGUAGGUGAAUUAUAUAAACCUGGUGUUGUGUCAUCUUAUCUCAGUCAACUACCAGCAGCCAGUAAACUACAAUCAUUUAGGUGUAGUUGUCUAGAAUCUUCCAGUGACAUAGAAACAAUGUUACAAACAUUAUCAUUGUUAUAUCAUGUGAAAGAUGUUAGGUUGUAUAGAAUCAAUCUAGGUGAAAGAUCAUUAACACUGUCACCUCAAAUGAUCAAUAUUGAACGUGUUGACUUGUGGUAUAUAACAAUGUCUUGUUCAGUGUUAUAUGAUCUCAUUACUGUUAUAAACAAACUACCACAUACAGUGACAGUAUAUAUGGAAGGUUGUGAUAUAAAACCAGAAACAGAAUUUGAAAACUUUAAAACAUUUAUAAAACAAUCAGACAAUUUUGUGGUCACCAGUGAUGGCACCUUGAAGUCUGGAGUGUACGUGUUUCAGUUUAAAACAACAACAACAAGUACUGAGUAACUUUAAAUGUACUUGGGAGAAACAAUUUAUAAAUAGAUUAUGAGACAAGUGACAAGUGAAAUAGACAUCAUGUUUUUAAUUUUAAGUCUGACAUUUAAUCAAUACUUUGCUGUAGAUAGAUUUAACAGUUUCAAAAUGUGAAUAUGAAUGCCUUAUUGACACUUAUAACCAAACUUUAAAGUAUCAUCACUCUAUAUGCUUCUUUAUUCAUAGCUAGUUGUUUUUACCAUGCAACAAGAA